CGAGGGGCCCGGGAGCGCGCACGAGGGGCCCGGGAGCGCGCACACGAGGGGCCGGGAGCGCGCACGAGGGGCCCGGGAGCGCGCACGAGGAGCGUCAGAGAGUCCGGAGCGCCUUUCUCAACAUGAGCUCCCUGCAGGUGAGCGAAGACGUCCGAGAACAUCUCAAGACUCCAAUGUUUGACAACUGGCAGUGGGAGGAGGCAGAGAUGUUGGUCCUGAUCCAGACCAUGUUCGAGGACUUGGACUUGGUGUCCGAGUUCCAGAUGGAGACCAGAGUCCUGCAGAACUUCCUCCUGGAGGUUCACGCGCACUACAACCACAUCUCCUUCCACAACUUCCACCACUGCUUCUGCGUCACUCAGAUGAUGUACGGUCUGAUGUGGCUGACCGAGCUCCGGACCAAACUGAGCCGGACCGACCUCCUCAUCAUGUUGACGUCUGCUCUCUGCCACGACCUGGACCACCCCGGGUACAACAACGUCUACCAGAUCAACGCUCAGACAGAUUUGGCUCUGAGAUACAACGACAUUUCACCUUUAGAAAAUCAUCACUGCGCUGUGGCCUUCAGCAUCAUCUCCAAGCCCGACUGUAACAUCCUGAAGAAUGUGACGUCUGAACAAUACAAACUGAUCAGAGCCGGAAUGAUCAAGUGCAUCCUGGCCACAGACAUGGCUCGUCACAACGAAAUCCUGAAUAAAUUUCGGGCGAUUCAGCCGACGUUCGACUUCAACAACAAAGAACAUAAAGAAGUGUUGAUGAAGAUCAUGGUGAAGGUCAGUGACAUUUCCAACGAGGCUCGACCGAUGUCUGUGGCUGAACCUUGGUUAGAUCGUCUCCUCCAGGAGUUCUUCAACCAGAGCGACCUGGAGAAACGUCGUGGUUUACCCGUGACUCCGUUCAUGGACAGAGACAAAGUUUCCAAACCUUCGUCUCAAACCAACUUCAUCAGAUUCGUUCUUCUUCCUCUUUUCUUGGAGCUCAUCAAACUCUUCCCGUCGCUGCAGCAGCACAUCCUGGAGCCGGUGCGUCGAGCUCUGGAAUAUUACGGAGAACUGGAGAAGAAGGAUCUGCAGGACGUUCAGACCUGA